UAUUUGUUCCAGAAAACAAUGCAGAAGUUUGCAUUAAAUCAUUGAAAUUUGAUAACUUAUCAUCAGAAGAAUUUGACACUUGUUGGAAGGCAUGUGCCCAGUACCGAUUGAAACAAAUAAACGACCUUCCAAACACCGCAGCUAUUUUUCAAAAAUGGCCCUUUUAUAAAAAACCGUCCGGCUUUAGAUUGAUUGAUAUGGAUUUUAACGUGUUACUUGAUACAGGAAAUGGCCUAUUAGAUAAAUGGGAGACUUGUUUAAAUAAUCUUACGUCGUUUCUAUGCAAUGAUAAUCACGUUAAAGAUAAAUCUGUAAAAACAUACCUACAACUGUUAAAAGAAGGAACAUUUUCUGAAAAUGGUCGUGAUGCAACAAUAUUAUGGAGCCUCCAUGGUUACUUAAUUCCAACCAACAAAAUUGUGAAAAAAGAUUUGACUGGCAAAAAAAGUACCGUAAAAUUUACUAUUAGAGAUUCUCAGGAAUCUUUUGUUUUCGUUGGCAAAUCUCAUCAAGAAAUAGAAGAUCAUCUCACACAUCUUAAAAGAAAAAAAGAGUUGUACACGCUAGGGCCUGAUCUCUGA